UCAGUGGAACAGUUCUACUUAAUCGAUUGACAGUCGUAUUGUCCUUCAGUCAAACCGCACACUGGACAAACGAACAUACACAGUAAACUAAACUGCGUCGUAACAACCAUAUUAUUUUCAAAAGAUUUUUGAUUCUCAGUGUUUUCCAUUUAAUUCAAUUGAAUUUCAACACGAUUUCACAUAAUUGCAUUGUGAAACAAUUUCAAAAUGGAUUUCAUUAAACAAUUGAAGGUAUUCGUUCGACCGGACAGCAAAGUAUGCGUUGACAACAAUAUUUUUCGUAUUUGCACAAAACUGACCUUCAUGAUUUUGGGAAUAAUGGUAGUAUUGGUCAGUAGCAAGCAAUUUUUUGGCGAACCCAUUCAUUGCAUUGUUGAUGAAAUUCCCCAGAAGAUCAUUGAUUCCUACUGUUGGUUUUACAGUACAUAUACGCUAUCUAAUCGAAUGAUAGGAAUAAGCGGUCGGGACAUGUUGCAGCCAGGCGUAUCAAGUGAUUCGGCGGGAUUUAACGACACUGUCAAAUACCACAGUUACUAUCAAUGGGUUUGUUUCACGCUGUUGUUCCAAGCAUUUUGCAGUUACUUGCCUUACUACAUCUGGAAAUCAUUCGAAAAUGGCCGUAUCAAAGCGUUAAGUGAAGAGCUUAAGCAACCAUUCCUCGAAGACGAGGCAAAAACAAAGCGCAAAGCGGCUCUGAUCUUCUACGUCAAAGAGAACUUAAACAAUCAUUCAUAUUAUGCGUAUCGCUUUUACCUUUGCGAACUAUUGAACUGUGCUAUUGCCAUUGGACAGAUCUAUUUGACGAAUUUAUUUUUGGGCGGCGCAUUUUUAAACUAUGGCAUUGAUGUGAUGCGUCAAGACGCAGCGGAACCGAUGACACGAAUUUUUCCAAAAAUGACCAAAUGCGUUUUCCAUAAGUAUGGGCCGUCGGGUAGCGUUCAAAAAUUCGAUGGUUUAUGCGUGCUGCCAGUCAAUGUGUUGAAUGAGAAAAUUUACCUAUUCUUAUGGUUUUGGUUUUUCUUCAUCAGUGUUCUGUCCAUCCUUGCAGUAGUGUAUCGAGCAUUGAUUUGCAGUUUGCCUAAACUGCGGUAUAAACUACUUCGAACACGUGCACGGUUGGCAUCACCACGUGACAUCCAAUACAUUUUGAUACGCUUCAACGUUGGUGAUUGGUUCAUGCUCUAUCAACUCAGUAAGAAUAUCGAUGCAUUGACGUUCAAAGAAAUUUGCCGUGAACUUUCGACCGAAUUAUACAGCAAUAACUUUACUUUGAAAUAAAAGUCAAUUAUUUAUUAUUAUUUAAAUAACAUUUAUAGCUUUGUACGACAAAAGUUUUAUUUUUAGACAAUUAAAUAA